UGACGAUGUGACGUUGUAAGGUUGCGCCGCGCUCCGCCUGUGAUUCGGAUGAAGAUAGAAAAACCUCUGGUGAAGCAACUACGAGAUCUACACUACAUACAAUUAUAAAGAUGGUGUUGAUUAAAGAGGAGAGUGAAGACAUGAGGAUUGAAGAAGCAUUCAGAGUGAAACAAGAAGAAACUAAAGAACAAACAGACCUGAUGGCACUGAGAGAGGAGAGUGAAGAACUGAAUGAAAUGGAAGAGAAAGACCAGAAACAUGAUUGCAUGAUUGGUAAAAAAUCCACACAGACUAAGCAGACUUCCUCGCGAAAAAGAGGUCAGAAGAUCGAAUCUAACAGUUAUUUCACCUGCGGUCAGUGUGGAAAGAGGUUGACUAAUAAACAAAACCUUGACGUCCACAUGAGAAUACACAAUGGAGAGAAGCCUUUUACCUGCCAGCAGUGUGGAAGAAGUUUCACUCAAAAACAAAACCUUAAAGUCCACUUAAGAGUUCACACUGGAGAGAAGCCUUACACAUGCACUCAGUGUGGACAGGGUUUUACACAUAAAGGAAACCUUAAUGCCCACAUGAGAAUUCACAAAGGAGAGAACCCCUACAGCUGCAAACUGUGUGGGAAGAGCUUCUCCCGAAAAGAAAGUCUCAAUGUCCACAUGAGAAGUCACACUGGAGAGAAGCCCUUCAUAUGUGGUCAGUGUGGAAAGGGUUUGAGAUGUAAAGAAACUCUUGACUGUCACAUGAGGAUUCACUCAGGAGAGAACUGUCUCAAAUGCCAUCAAUGCGGAAAGAGUUUCAGUCAUAGAAGAAGCCUCAACACUCACAUUAUAAUUCACACUGGAAAGAAGCCGUUCACCUGCCCUCAGUGUGGAAAAUGUUUCACACUUAAAGGAAACCUUAAGACUCACAUGAGGCUUCACACCGGGGAGAAGCCUUUCACGUGUCUUCAGUGCAAGAUAAGUUUCACAUAUCAAAGAGACCUGAAACGUCAUUUGAAAACUCACUCUGAAAGUAAAUUGCGUGUGUGACAAUUUCAGUUUUUUCACCUGUGCAUUCACUCUGGAGGAAGGCCAUCUAAUUGUGAUCAGUGCAACAAAAACUUUUACUUGCCACACUCAUGCAGAUGUGAGGCCCUGUUUAUGUCCUUUAUGUGUAAAGCAUUUUAAAUGGCUCUGCUGUUAAAAAUGGCACCAGAAAAUAAAUAUCUGUGUGAAAUGAAGGCUACAUUCACAUCACAUGUGAACGUGGACCGAAUCUGAUUGUCCAGCUUCAUGAACACUUUAAUUUGCGUCCAUCACCUCUUUAUACUUUGCCUUGUGGCUUUGUAUUUUUUUUUUUUUUUUGGUCAUGUACAUAUGAACUCCUUUGGCCAUUUGAACUGACUGAAUUUUGAGCAGCUAAUAGUCAUUCCAAUGUCGCUCCAUGUCAUUGGUACUUUUAAAUGAAACCAGUGGUUCAACUUCUGUCUUGCUGUGAAAUGCCACAAUGCUAAUGAAAAUAUCUAAAUAAAAGUACACAAACUGUACAUAAAUAAUUUAUUUUGUUAUAUUGUGCCAGUAUCACUCCUGACUGAGAUUCUUCUAUAGAUAUAACAGCUCCUCUGUUAUUCCAUCAUUUUGGCUAUGGCAGGAAUGUUAGUUUGUUUUGAUAUUUUGAUAAAAAUUGAUACGAAUCUCCACACCAGCAGCACUGUCAACAGAGUUUUGUCUGAUACACAAAUGCAGGUAACAAAACUAGAUUAACUCAAGUCUACUAUCCGCCUGAGACGUUGACUGAGAAAGCUGUGAAAUAGCAGGUAGCAAGAGACAAAAGCUGCAUUUCCAUUUCCUUUCAAGAUUUA